AUGUACCCUACUGGAACUGGUUUUCAACUUCUUUCCAUUCCCAAUCGUGUCGCUGAGAAGAUUGAAAUCCGCCGAGUAGUUUCCGUCCUAGGAAUAUUCUUCGUCAAUAAUCCAAAACUGGACAAACUAAGAGGAUCGGAAAGAGAAGAGCUUUCAGGGCAAGUUGGUGAUAUAGGAGGAAGUGGAGCAAUAAAUCUUGGUGAUACAGAAGAUUACGGUGGUGACAUACCAAAUUGUGGGACGAGUAUGACAGCCAAACAAAGAGAAACUCUAUUAGAAAUACAUAAUAAAUAUCGCUCCGAGGUGGCUGAAGGAGAAUAUACAAUCAAAACCCCGAAAGGAAAAUUCAGAAGUUUACCUCCGGCUACCAGAAUGUAUAAAUUGAAAUACAACUGUUCGCUGGAAAAUUCGGCUGUGAACUGGGCAAUAAAAACGAAGUGCGUGAUGACGCAUACGAAAGGUGCUUCCUACGGCGAAAAUCUGUAUUUAGCUUGGGGAGAUACUCGUCCUAAUCGUAGUGAUUAUGUUGCUGCUGCUGCUCCUUCUGCUUGGUCUGAAGAAAUCAGGAAAUUUGGCAUCUCAACGCUUGAUGAAUGGAGAUUUGAAAUCGGUCAUGCAACACAAGUCUUCACAUCAAGAACGAAGUGGAUUGGCUGCGGAAUACAUUCUUGCGCAAACAACGUAUCACUGGUAUGUCAUUAUUACCCAGGUGGGAACAUAAUCGGAGUCAAGAUGUACACGGCAGGAAAAACAUUGUCGGAAUGUGGAAAAAAUGCUAGCAACGAAAAGCUUGAUGAAAACACUGGACUUUGCAUAUGGUCAUGA